UUUUCCAUAAAGAGGUUGAGGUUCAGCGACUAUUGGUCAAAAAGCGGUGAGAAAAAGAUCUGAAUCAAAAGGGGGGCGCCGGUGAGUUCAAUGCAUUCUAAUGAGUGAGGACUGCCUAUCUGCAGACCACUUUCCUACGCCGACGCCGUCAUGUCAAACAACAGCGCGAACAGCAAUUUAGUUACAGCACAAAAAGCCGUCAAACAACUACGGCUGGAGGCUAGUGUCCGCAGGAUCAAGGUAUCACAGGCUGCUGCUGACCUGAAGACUUUCUGCCUGCAAAAUGCACAUAAAGACCCUCUACUAAUGGGGGUUCCAUCCAGCGACAACCCGUUUCGCCCUCCCAAGUCUUGUGCACUGUUCUGAGUGACCCUGGGGAUGUGAAGCUUGCUGAAAUGUUUCUGAUUACUCUUCUGCUCAUCCACACCUCACUCCUUACCCCGUCACUCAAUGCUGGAAGAUUUGGAAGACACAUGAAAAUCGUGAUAAUGGGGGGGAUUGUCGCUCAUCUCAAGACAACACUAGUAGUCACUCCACUCUGUACCAUCUGUGUUAAGACCAUGUUAUUAUUAUGUCAUGAUGAAGUUCCAGUUUUAUGCUUUUGUCUUGUUGUAUUUGUGUUGUAUUUUAAUGGGGUUUGCUGCAGUGAUUUGACUUAUCACACUGUCAUGAUACUUGAUUUGAGUUGUGAAAGUUUGGCUCCUGCUGCAUUUUCAUCAAGUGCAGUUAAAAGGCAAGUUUGCCCAGAGAAUACUCUUAGCAAAAGUGUGCUGUUUUCCGAUACACGCUAAGACUCUUGAUACUGGUGGUGUGAUUUGAUAUCUUCUGUGCUAUCCCUGUCAUUUCACAUAUCUUACGGUAAAAAAAAAAAAAGAAAAAGACUAAAUCUACUAAAAAGAUUGUGGUAAUUGUGUUAAAAGAUAGUGGCAGUUUGCCUCUACAUUUGAGAAUAAAGAAUCGUUCAUCUUC